UUCCAAAUAUGUAUUUUAUUUUUGCAGUCUCAUUAUUUUCCACCUAUUGAAAAAAUUAAACCUUAGGAUGAACCAUGUUAGACUUUUCACCACAACUUGGGUUAGGUUCAAGCCCAAAGUUAGUGACAUAGAUUUUAACAGGCUACCAAGUAGAAAUUCCAACAACUUGUCACUGGGAGUAGUAGGCCUUGCAAAUGUGGGUAAAUCUACCUUUUUCCAAGCCAUCACCAAAACUAAGUUAGGCAAUCCUGCCAAUUAUCCAUUUGCAACCAUUGAACCGGAGGAAAGCAAAAUCCUAGUUCAAAGCACAAGAUUAGAUAAGCUAUCAAAACUAUAUGGAUCAAAGAAAAAAAUUCCUACCAGUCUAAAAAUAUUUGAUAUUGCUGGAUUAACUCGAAAUGCGUCCAAUGGAGAAGGCCUUGGGAACAAAUUCUUAGAGGAUAUUCGACAAGUGGAUGGGAUAUUUCAGAUUGUUAGAGGAUUUAGGGAUGACAGCAUCAUACACAUAGAGAAUAAUGUAGAUCCAGUGAGGGAUUUGGUUAUCGUUAUGGAUGAAUUAAUUUUGAAAGACUUAGAAUUCGUGGAAAGUGGGAUAGACAAGCUCGAGAAAACCAUAAAGAAGCCAAAUCAACCGAUUGAUAAGAUGAAAAAAGAAUUGAAACUCUUGGAAGAAUUUCAAGAGAUGUUGUAUGAAGGCAAGAAGAUCGGUACAUUCAAGUUCAAAGACAUCGAAUCCGUCGAAAUGACCAGAAAGUAUAAUUUCCUCACCAUUAAACCCACAGUAUAUUUGUUGAAUGUCAAUAAAGAAGACUAUUUAAGAAAUGAUACCGAAUUUAAGAAGGAUAUUGAAGUUUGGUUGCAAGAAAAUUGUCCCAACGACAAGCUCAUGUUAAUUUGUGCUCAAUACGAAAAUGACAAAUUAGAUAAUCCACAAGAAGAGGAUACUGAGCUGAAUAGAUUAAAUGGGGUUGUUGAAGAAAUGAGAGACUCUUUGAGUUUGAUAUCGUAUUUCACAUGUGGUCCACAAGAGGCAAGAGAAUGGACGAUAAAAAGGGGAACAGGUGCAGCUGAUGCCGCUGCAGUAAUUCACAAUGACCUUAAAGACAGCUUCAUAGCAGCUCAGGUAUACAAAUACAGUGACGUGAUCAAGUUAGCGGAGAAGAAUGAGAAAGUUAAUGAGAGCGAAUUAAAAGCCAAAGGACUUCAGUAUAGGUAUGGAAAAGACCACGUAGUAGAGGAUGGUGACAUUAUCUUAUUUAAGUCUGCCAAAGGAAAGCACUGAGCUUGCAGCUUAUUGCAAUUCAUAUUUCAGGAUCAACAACCAAUGACCCUUAACCUGUAAAUAGCUAUAGUUAACCAAUAGAAAAGUUUAAGUAGUAUUUCCCCAUGAGUAAAAAAAGAGGGACGCUAUGAGGCUCAGGUUUUUUCUCCUUCAUACAAUAAACCACACGAACAAUGCCCUGAUAAGGAAAUUAUUAUAAAAGGUUCAUUAUAGGUCAAGGACUUUCUUUUGUUUUGAUUUUUCUUUCUUUAAAGCUGUGAUCACAGUUCAAAGAUUUCCAAUUUGGAAUCAAGUUAAGUUUACUUCCCCAGUCAAAUCAUUUUCAAGUACAACAGUUUUGCCCUGCUACAACAUAACAGGGCAUUAGAAAAUACGCACAAAAAUCUAGUGGGCUCGGCGAGACGAAAAAAUCAAAAGCUCAGGAAAGUUGUUUCAUUUCCACAUAGAAACGUCCGUACUUGUUGUACUAUUGUGUUUUUUUGGUUAUAUGAUCAGUAGUAUUAUCAGAAAGGUUCCAAUUCGUAAAAGCAUGUUACUGUCAGUGUACAACUACGUAUUUGGUAGAAAUCAUAUCCAUUUACUGGCAGUGUCUACAAACAACAUCCCUCAAGAUCAGGUUACGCAAAAGUUCCACCCUAGAUUACAAGCUAUAUUUAAGCAGUUAGAUGCAAUUUGUCCUCGUUUUGUCAUCAGUCAAAACGAUGUCUUUAUUUUGAACGAUCCAGAACAGUUCUAUUCCACUUUAAAGGAGAAAAUCUUAUCCGCUAAACAAAGGGUUUUUUUAAGCUCCUUAUAUGUUGGAAAAACUCAACAUGAAUUGGUAGGGACUAUCGAGAAAGCACUUGAGCUAAACGAGGAUUUAACGGUGUCCAUUUUGACCGACG